AAGGUACCAUAUCAUAUGUGAGGUGGAACGCGUGCAUUCAGUCUGCGCGUUCGUCACAAUUGAAAGCACAUCUUGAAAAGAAAACCCGCUGGUGAUAUAAGGAGAAAACGAAAAUAGGGAAGGCUCCCAGUUACAAACGAAAAAAAACGAGUCCCACCCUAGUUUAUUUAGAAUUUUGACGGAGCUGUGUGCAGUUCUAACACCAGGGAAAAAAUUAUCCAACCACCAAGCGACAAACCGUAGAAAUGACCGAUAUUCAUGUGUAUGAACCAGCUCACGAGGUCUCUUCAAGUACGAUCACGAGACCACAGUCUGACACGUAUGACGAUGUGCACGCUGGUGGGAAUAUCAACUAUGAGGCACAGCAGCCAACGAAUGAAGAGGCGGGAAAGAGAAUUAAAUACCGCCAACUGGCUAUCUACGGUGUUCUGUCUCUUUCUGUUUUACUCAAUGUUAUCUUGGUUGUGGCAAUCAUCGUGAUUACUUCUGAAUACUGCGCAUGUACAUGUAGGAAUCAAGGAGAAAAUGAUACUUUCAAUGGGACCCGCAGUGAAAUGACCCAAUACAGCGGGAUUUCAACUGAAACACCUGUUCCUACAGCUAAUUUUAUGGCGAAAUCAGAAUCGAUUACAUCAGAAAUGACUACAUUUAAAAUGACUACGACGUCAGAGUUGACUAACAUGUCAGAACCAAGUAGUACGUCAGAACUGGCACCUUCGUCAGAAAUGACAACCACGUCAGAACCAACUACUUCGUCAGAAUUGGCAACCUCAGUAGAACCGACUACAUCUACAGGGCCCAGGACGGCUUCAGAACCAACUACAACGGCAGAACCGGCUACAUCUUCUGAACUGACUACGACGUCAAAAACAACUACUAUGUCAGUAAUGACAACCACGUCAGAACUGACUACUUCGGCAGAAAUGACUACCACGUCAGAACUGACAACUUCGGCAGAAAUGACUACCACGUCAAAACCGACAACUUCGUCAGAAAUGACUACCACAUCAGAAAAGACUACCACGUCAGAAAUGACUACUUCAUCAGAAAUAACAUCCAAGUCAGAACUGACUACUUCAUCAGAAAUGACAACCACGUCGGAACUGACUACUUCGUCAGAAAUGACAACCACGUCAGAACUGACUACUACAUCAGAAAUGACAACCACGUCAGAACUAACAACCACGUCAGAACUGACUACUUCAUCAAAAAUGACAACCACGUCAGAAAUGACAACCACGUCACAACUGACUACUUCGUCAGAAAUGACAACCACGUCAGAACUGACUACUUCAUCAGAAAUGACUACCACGUAAAAACUGGCUACCUCUUCAGAAAUGACUACGACGUCAGAACCAGCUACUCGCGCUGAUUAGCGCAUUAAUACCAACUACGACGUCAGUGAGAACUAUGACAUUAGAACCAGCUACCACGUCAGAGUCAAGCACCUCAUACGAACAGACCCCGACACCAACCGCCUCUCCUUGGGGACGAAGAAAGAAAAUAAAAUAAAAACAAAUUGAAUAGUUUGCUACCUGUUUAGCCAGCAAAGACAAACACAUUCGAAUAGAUGUUAGAUAACAAUUGCAAACAUUCUUUGGAAAAGAUUUAUCAUUUCGGAGGAAUUUUUUGUAGUAUGCGUAGUAUGGAGAUAAAAUACAUUUAGAUAAUGGGCAUUCAAGUUGUUGCAUCUUCAUGUAUCUUAACCAUGGUUAUUGAAGAAAGAAUCAUCUGUUAUAUCCUAUAUCUAGCUUGAAGUGAAUUUUACCCUAGACAAAAUUUUAGGCUUUUUGCAAACCGUUGUCGCAAAUUUGCUGCCAAUUUUCAAGAAGGAGUUUUACCAUGUAUAUG